AUGUUUCCACCAAGAGGAAUUGCUGCAAUACUGGCCAAGGCGCCCAGUGACAUUGUCAUUCUGUCUUCAUUACGCACUCCUAUAUGUCGUUCAAAUCGCGGAUCACUGAAGAAUGCUUUCCCCGAAGAGCUCCUAGCGUCUGUGCUACGAGCCACAGUCGAGGAGCUACCUAAUCUCCAACCUUCUGUCAUAGAAGACGUCGCAGUCGGUGUAGUACUGUCUGAGCUUGGAGGAUCCAAGGCGGCGCGCAUGGCCAUGAACCAUGUUGGCUACCCAUCGACGACUUCUCUCUAUACUGUCAACCGCGCAUGUUCCUCCUCCCUCGAAGCAAUCUCAUCUAUCGCCUCUCACAUCCGAACUGGAACCAUCUCGGUAGGAAUUGGGGCGGGCAUGGAAAGCAUGACGCGUAAUUACGGCAGUCGAGCUAUUCCUAUUGAUCUCUGGCCAGCUCUCAAGGAAUCGCCCGUAAAGGACGCGCUUGAUUGCAUUCUCCCCAUGGGUAUCACCUCUGAGAACGUGGCAGAACGUUAUGGGAUCUCGCGGCACGACCAGGAUCUUUUUGCAGUCAACAGCCAUUUGAAGGCAGCAAAAGCGAGGUCAUCAGGUCUCUUCUCGGCUGAGAUUGUCCCUGUUGUGCAGAGCAGUCCUAUUGGAUCAGGAGAUGUGGUUGUGGACACAGACGAUGGAAUCCGCCCGCAGGCUAGCUUGGAAGAUUUGGCAAAGUUGAAGCCAGCUUUCAAAGCCGACGGCACCUCAACCGCUGGAAACUCAUCUCAAGUCUCAGAUGGUGCCGCUGCAACACUUCUCAUGAGGCGCAGUGCCGCAGAAGAGAGUGGUUUAAGCAGCAACAUCAUGGGAAAAUUUGUUUCUGCGGUCACGGUUGGUUGUUCGCCAGAUGAGAUGGGCGUCGGACCAGCAAUUGCGAUCCCAAGGCUGCUCGGUAGCGUUGGUUUGACACAGAAGGAUAUUCACAGAUGGGAAAUCAAUGAAGCCUUCGCGAGUCAAGCAAUCUAUUGUCUCAGAAAACUAGAACUCGAGAAGGCAUACCUGGAUAACAGGGUUAAUCCGAACGGAGGUGCUAUUGCUCUAGGGCACCCCCUUGGUGCAACGGGUGCAAGGUUGACCAGCACUUUGAUGCAUGGCCUGGGGCGACCUGAUGGCGGUGAGUUGGGCAUAGUCAGUAUGUGCGUUGGAACCGGCAUGGGCAUGGCUGGGUUGUUUGUACGAGAAUAG